UCUGAGGACCUGCUCCUCGUGUUGCUUUCUCUUCUCCUUAAAAUUUCCCCACCUCCGCUCGCGAUCUCCGCUCGCUCCGUCCAGAUCUCCGCGUCAACCUGCAGGCUAGCUACCAUGUCGUCCUCGUCGGAGAACCCCACGGUGACCGAGCGGGGUAAGGACCGCCGGGAGGAGGACGGCGAGAAGAAGGAAGGCGGUGGGGGGUUCAUCGAGAAGGUGAAGGACUUCAUCCACGACAUCGGGGAGAAGAUCGAGGGGGCGGUGGGCUUCGGGAAGCCCAGCGCCGACGUGUCCGGCGUCCACAUCCCGCACAUCAGCCUCCACCGCGCCGACCUCGUCGUCGACGUGCUCAUCAAGAACCCCAACCCCGUCCCGAUCCCGCUCGUCGACAUCGACUACCUCGUCGAGAGCGACGGCCGGAAGCUCGUCUCCGGGCUCAUCCCGGACGCCGGCACCAUCCACGCCCACGGCGAGGAGACCGUCAAGAUCCCCAUUUCCCUCGUCUACGACGACAUCAAGAGCACCUACGACGACAUCAAGCCCGGGAGCAUCAUCCCCUACCUCGUCAGGGUCGUCCUCCUCAUCGACGUCCCCAUCAUCGGCAGGAUCAAGCUCCCGCUCGAGAAGUCCGGCGAGGUCCCCAUCCCCUACAAGCCCGACGUCGACGUCGAGAAGAUCAAGUUCCACAGGUUCUCGUUCGAGGAGACCACCGCCACGCUGCACCUCAAGCUCGAGAACAAGAACGACUUCGACCUCGGCCUCAACAUGCUCGAGUACGAGAUGUGGCUCGGCGACGACAGCAUCGCCAGUGCCGAGCUCACCGAGUCUGCCAAGAUCGAGAAGCAAGGGAUCACCACCAUGCAGAUCCCGUUCAGCUUCAGGCCCAAGGAUUUCGGCUCUGCUGUCUGGGACAUGAUCAGGGGGAGAGGCACCGGCUACACUAUCAAGGGCAAGAUCGAUGUCGAUACUCCAUUUGGGAACAUGAAGAUGCCCAUUAGCAAAGAGGGUGGAACCACUCGUCUCAAGAAGGAGGAUGACGACGAUGAGGAUUGAGGUGCCGCUGAUAAACAUACAGGGUAGUGAAGUAGAGAUGGUGAUGCCCUGUGCUCUUAGUGCUUUAGCAUAUGGUGCUCUUGUUGGUUGCCUUAUCUGAGCUGAGCCCGUGUGUUGUUUGUUCAACUCAUCUAGCUGCAUCUUGUGUGUUCUGUGCAUGUUUAUUAGACUCAGACAACUUAAUUUGUGGUGGAAACCUUGAUAAUAAAAUCAACAACCCCUUGUUCUUUGUGGGGUCAGUUGAUAUUUUUCGUUACAUUUUCCCCCAGAAUACUGGUUUUGAUUGUUGUUGAUGAACCUGUUACAACGGUGAACAGAAUUGGUGU